AUGGCUCACGACUACAAUGGGAGCAGUUUGAUAGAGCGGUGCCAAGUUGCUCCACCACCGCCACCCUCCCUUCCCUCAACCACCCUUCCCCUCACAUUUUUCGACAUUCCAUGGUUUUGUUGUGGCGUCCCUGUUCAACGUAUCUUCUUCUACGACUUUCCCCACCCUACUCACCACUUCCUCCAAACAGCACUUCCCAUUCUCAAACACUCUCUUUCCCUCUCUCUCCAACACUUCUUCCUCUUUACCUCCAACCUCAUCGUUCCACCACAAUCCCAUCUCUCUUAUUUCCGUUACCUUCAUGGUGAUUCUCUCUCCUUCACCGUUGCCGAGUCCACCGCAGACUUCACCCUCCUCACAUCCCAUUCACCCCAAGACGUUAAAAACUGGCACUCUCUCGUUCCCACGUUGCCUCCACCACGUGUUGAGCAAGAUGGCACUCGUGUGAUCCCUCUCAUGGCCAUUCAAGUCACAAUUUUCCCAAACUCUGGCUUCGCAAUAUGCCUCACCUUCAACCACGUUGUUGGGGAUGGCAAAUCACUUCACCAUUUCGUCAAGUAUUGGGCCUCAGUUUGCAAGGCAAGUGGGGACUUGGUUUCCCUUGAAACCUUGCCUCUUCCUUCACAUGAGAGGGACAAAGUUAUAGACCCAAAGGGAAUUAAACUCCUCCACAUUCGUGAGGUUGGAAUUCUUGACUCAAAAUGCAUGGACUUUUCGGGGCUCGUGCGAGAUGUUUCCACUGACAAGGUUCGCUUCACUGUUGUACUGAAUCGUGACCGAGUUGAGAAACUGAAGACGUGGGUUUCUCUAAGAUGUGCAGGCUACACUUCAGAGACAUUGCACAUAUCAACUUUUGUGGUGACUUGCUCCUUAAUUUGGGUUUGUAUGAUUAGAUCAGAGGAGCGCAAAGUCAACGAUGUUGCACAAGACUUGGAUGAACUGUGCUACUUGGCGUUUCUAGCAGAUUGUCGUGAUAGUCCCGAAUUUUCGUUGCCUUCAUCAUACUUUGGGAAUUGUCUAGCCUCUUGUCUUGUGGCAAUCAAGAGGAGUAAGGUUGUGGGAGAAAAUGGGAUAGUUGAGGUAGCCAAAGCUAUUGAAAAGAGAGUGAGGGAUUUGAAGAGUGAUUUGUCAGAGGCUGAGAAACUGAUGUCAGAUUUUAGAGAGUUAUGGAAACUGCGAAAAUCUUUAGUGGUAAUUGCGGGAUCACCGAAGCUCACCGUGUAUGAAACUGAUUUCGGAUGGGGUAAGCCUAAGAAAUCUGAUGCAGUACAUAUUGAUGGAUCAAAAAUGAUUUCUCUUUCUGAUUGUAGAGAUAAAGAAGGUGGAAUUGAUGCUGGGUUGGCACUUGAGAAGAUUCAAAUGAAUAAUUUCACCAACAUCUUAGAAGAACAACUCAAUAUUAUAGCUACUGAAUGA